GCGGUCGCAGAUGGCAACCCGGCAAAGCAAAACAAACCGGCGACGUGAGCAUUCGCAUCAAUUGAAGCGACACAGAGUGCUUAUUUUUCACUCAAGAACUGUGGCAUUCAAAGCGUCGAGAUGAUUGGAUAUAGACCAACGAAACCUAUGAUUGUUAUGAGUGCUCUAGGCCUCGGUGUGGGGGGCAUGGUAUUCUUCAAAGAAUAUGUCGGUGGCUGUCGUUAUACUGGAAAGGAACGACUAGAAGGAAAGAAUAUUGUUGUGACCGGCGCUAAUACCGGUAUCGGAAAAGAGGUAGCGAAAGACUUCGCCAAACGAGGUGCUAGGGUUGUUAUGGCGUGCAGAGACAAAGCGAAAUGCAAACGUGCUCGUAAGGAGAUAAUGAUGGAAACCAAAAGCAAGAGCGUCUUCUGUGAAGAGCUGGAUUUGGCGUCGCUACAGUCGGUCAGGGAAUUUGCAGAACGGAUGAAGAAAAACGUACAAAAGGUUCAUAUACUGGUGAACAAUGCUGGUGUGAUGCGCUGCCCCAGAACAUUGACCAAAGAGGGCUUUGAAAUGCAGCUUGGUGUCAACCACUUGGGGCACUUUCUGUUGACAAUGCAGCUCCUCGACAUUCUUAAAGCUGCCGCACCCAGCCGAAUCGUCAACGUGUCCAGCACAGCACACUUGAGAGGAGAGAUCAACUUUGACGACCUCAACUCGGAACAGGGUUACGACCCGGCCGCAGCGUACAACCAGAGCAAGCUAGCAAACGUUCUCUUUACUGCGGAACUGUCGAGAGUUCUCAAAGGCACAGGCGUCACUACUUACGCGGUGCAUCCGGGCAUAGUAAACACGGAAAUCACGAGGCACAUGGGUUUUGCAAACUCCUUCGUUGCCAUGCUGUUUGUUAAACCUCUCCUGUGGGUGUUCAGCAAGACUCCGCGGCAGGGAGCUCAACCGGUGAUCCACUGUGCCCUAACCGAAGGGAUUGAGGAGCAGAGUGGGCAGUAUUUCAGUGAUUGUGAGGUGGCGACACCAAAUCCCAUCGCGGAGGACACAAAAAUUGCCAAGCGUCUAUGGGCUACGAGUUGCAGGUGGACUGGACUCUCUUGAGAAAGAUGUAAAUAAGCACACAUUCUCUAAAUAUGCUACUAUUUUAGUUGCACAUAUGUGAAGUAGGACUGACACUGGUAAGUAACACACUCAUAACAUGAGAAGAAAUGUGAGACAUUGUGACCCUGCUUCUUAUUGCACGAGGGAACAUUGACGUAACAGAUUCUGAGCGGGGCACACUUUUGUUUCCGUAUGAAAUAAAAGCGUCUUAAUGUAGUUCCGGUUGCUUUGGAGUAGUAAGCAUCGGAACUCACUUGCGUUUCUGGGAAAAAUUUAAUACUUCGCAAGAUCCGCUUCAUAAAGGUUUAGGUAUCGCAGAAUUUGUUCUUUUGGAUAAGAUUCUGUAGGUGCACGUGAAGCCAUAAUUUGGUGGUGAACAUUUCACUUUAUCGUACCACACCUAGUUUAGAGGUUACCAUGAGCACAAUGUUUCCCAUGAUGCUGAAAUCCAUCUCAUUUGUAUAUAUUUCGUUUCUUGAAGAAACAGUCUAACAAGUUCCUGUUGAUCCGCACUUAUGUUGUCUCACGUGACUUUGGUUGACGUAACUAUAACAUGAAUGAAGGUUGUGUCUUAACACAUUGUUCAGCAUGAUUAUCAGCUUGUAGAUGAUGAUGUGAAAUGGAUUCCCAAUGCGUUGUCACAGAGCACACUCUUCUCAGCGGUGCAAGAAGUUACGUCACGGUUAUUCCGUCCUCAGUAAUUUCCCUUUCCGUCUCUCAGGCUGGCAAUCUUGCUUGGCUCGAAGAUUACUGGAACAAUGUACCUGCACAAACGAAUGGUUUAGCUAUAAUGGGUGCACUGCAAAAAGAGGUAUUGACAAGUUUUUAUGAGAAAAUAUGCAACAUUCAUGUAACAUUUUUAAAAUUUUAAUUUGAUAGCACCAUUUAUCGUGUAAUUUUAGUAGUGUGCCUCCUAUCUGAUAAAGCCCCCCCGUCUUAUCACAGUUCACGAGAGGGACAUUGUAUUUGAUCGAAGUUCCAUCGUGACUGUUCCCGGCGUUUCACAAUACGUACCUGGCGUGGCUAUCAUUCACUUCCACUGCAUUAUACUAUCAUAGGUUUGCAAAUUCACUUGUAAAAGCCAGUCAUGAGUAUCAUUUACCAUUGCAUGAUGUGAUCGAGUGACUGGCUGCAAUUUGAUGUGAUGUGAUGAUGGAUUUGACAUCGAAUGAUGGGUUUGGCAGUGAAUGUUGAAUGAUAAUCAAUCAAUCAAUCAA